AUGGACGAGAGGGCUGUAUUUGACAAUGACAGUACAACAAGUACCGAUGAGGCUCCGGAACCAACAUCUUCUAGCAAUGCGUCGGGUCGAACCAAAGCCAAGGCCAAGCGGAAUGAUGAUGGUCAAGCAGCCAAACGUCGGUGCGUGAGUUCGGCAUGCAUUGCUUGUCGUCGAAGGAAGUCAAAGUGCGACGGAAAUCUCCCUAGUUGCGCCGCCUGUUCAUCCGUGUAUCAUACGCCAUGUAUAUAUGAUCCGAACUCCGAUCAUCGAAGGAAAGGGGUGUACAAGAAAGAUAUCGACAACCUUCGAACUCGAAAUACAACCUUGCAAACGCUCAUACACGCGAUCUUGAAUUAUGAUGAAGACAACGCAUUCGAUUUGGUUCGCCAAAUCCGGUUAUGCGACAGCUUGGAGGAUGUAGCAGACGCCAUCAUAAAUCAAGAGCGAGGUUUAAAUGCCUCUGCCAUUACGGCCCGGCGCGAACAACCCAUCGAGGAUGACACGGGAACCGACCAAUUUGAGUCCGAGCUUGCAGGGAAGAUGAGCGAGCUGAUGCUGGAUGGUUCCGUCAAAUUCAUUGGUGGCACAUCCAACCUGCUAUUCCUACCCCCCGAUUUACAACUUGACGAUGGACACUCCUCUCGCGAGUUGGUUAAGAUGAAACAAGGUUCAAGGUUUUCGGUCGCUCAGUGGACGAGGGUUACAGACGACGAGGCGUUGGUGAAGCAUCUAAUGAACAUGUACUUCACCUGGCAUUAUGCAUACUUCACUACAUUAUCCAAAAAUCUUUUUUACCGAGACUUUCGCCGCGGCCAGUCCAGCUCAUACUGCUCGUCUUUUUUGGUGAACACAAUGCUGGCUCUGGGUUGCCACUUCAGCUCGUGGCCCGGUGCUUAUGAGCACCCGGAGGACUCUGCGACGGCGGGUGAUCACUUUUUCAGAGAAGCCAAACGGUUGUUACUAGAACACGAUGAACAUGAAAAGGCCAAACUUUGCACUGUGCAGGCGCUAGCAUUGAUGUCUGUUCGCGAAGCAGGCUGUGGCCGGGAAGGCAAAGGCUGGGUUUACAGCGGUAUGAGUUUUCGAAUGGCCUAUGAUCUAGGGCUCAAUUUUGGUGCCACAAACUUGGGUUCGAGCAAGUUGAUGGAGGAGGAUAUUGACGCUCGAAGGAUUACUUUCUGGGGUUGUUAUCUGUUUGAUAAAUGCUGGUCUAAUUACCUGGGCCGUCAACCACAACUAUCCCUCGCUGAUGCCACAGUCCCCAAGUUUGACGUCUAUCCUGCAGAAGAAGCGGAGCCAUGGAUACCAUAUACGGACGUUGGCGUUGGACGAGAACGCGCACAGCCUGCGCGAACUCGAGCAGUAGCCUUGCAGAUUUCAAAGCUCUGCGAAAUUAGCAACGAUCUACUGGCAUUCUUCUACCAUCCUAUGCCUUCCGAAAAGCAGCCUUCGCGACAAGCCGAACUCUCAAAGCUCAGUGACCUGCACACACGGCUUGAGGCUUGGAAGAAGGGCCUACCAGCAGAAAUGGAGCCGAGAGACGGUCAACUACCACCUGUCUUAGUCAUGCAUAUGUUCUACCAACUUUUAUUCAUCCAUCUAUACCGCCCUUUCCUCAAAUACACCAAAUCAACAUCCCCCUUACCACAACAUGUCUCCCCCCGAAGAUUAUGCUCACAAGCUGCGGCUGCCAUAUCUAAAUUACUCCGAAUCUAUAAAAAGUCAUACGGUCUGCGACAAAUUUGUAACAUUGCAGUAUAUAUUGUCCAUUCAGCUUGCACGAUUCAUCUUUUGAACCUGCCAGACCGCAACGCUAGAAGAGACCUCAUCCACGGCGUUCGAAACUUGGAAGAAAUAGGCGAAGGCUGGCUCUGCGCUCGACGUACUUUAAGGAUUCUUGAUUUAUCUGCUGUCAAAUGGCAGAUCGAAAUACCAAACGAAGUCACUACGGUCUUUGACCGGACUCGUGUCAAAUGGGGAUCGUGGGGCCAUUGGGACCAAGUGACUUCACCCAGUGUGUCCGAAACCUCGCCCAUGUCGGCAAAUGCUAUCAUGAGCGUACCCGUUGUUCAUCAAAAACACGAUGAACUAUACACAUCAUCCACACUCCCGCAACUGCUACCGGCAAUGACCCAAUCUAACAAACGAACGGUUUAUUCUCCCACAAUUGGUGCCGCCGUUCAGCAUCCGAUGGCAAAUGUCCAACCCACACGCUAUCCUGACCAACUAGAAAUACUUCCUUUUAUGAGCUACCCUCCAGCUCCAGACCAGACAUCACCCCCGACUAGCAUAUCCAGCGUUUACCCAACUCAAGGCAUGGCUUAUUCGCAGCCUAAUGGUGGAUAUAAACCCCAACCGGACACAAUGAGUAUGAACAAUCAAGAUAUAUCCUGCAACAAUUCCAACAGCAGCAAUAGUCCCGUGGCAGUCGGCGGCACUCCGCCAAUGCCUGUCUUUAAUGGGAUGACUGAAAACAUGCUGGAAGAGAACCAAGAUUGGUGGAUGCGUGAUCAAAGCGCAUUAGCUUUGGGGCUCGAAAACUGGGGUGAAGGAUGGGCAGGAAACCAAUUCAUGAACCUCAACCUUCCUGCCCCUCCGCCUCAUGCUUCUCGUUCUUCCCUUCAUCCUGUUCAUCAGAAUCGUCCUUCCAAUGGCCACAAUACAGUUGAUAUGCAGCCACGCACCAACGGCAACGAAGCACUAGGCAACCUGCAAUUAUCAGGAAACAUUCCCCAGGACGGCGGCGUCAAACAUGCUUACGGCUUUCAAAACAUGCCUCCAUCAGGAUACCAAUGA